CAACAAGAUGAAUUAGAAGUCAUGAAUGGCUCGGAGAUCAGUGGUCUGCAAGAGCUACCAUAUGUGGGCAUAAAAAAUACAUUCUAUGGACAACCUCUUGAUGCUGAUGAAUAUUUCAUUCAUUUCAUGAUGGAGAGACUUGGAGAUGAACUUGUUUUGGCUAGGAAUUGGUUGUGGCGGUUUACUAGUAAGCCAUUUUCUAAUUGUACUUUUCCUAACAUGGAGGACUGGAACAUCUGUUCACUUUACGCUAUCGGUACCAAGAUUUGAGCUCUUUCUUUUGGUCCUCAUCCUCCCUUGUAUCUCUCAAUCAGCAGCAUUUGUCCUUAGAGGCCAUACAACAGCAGGAAUUAUCACAGGCGCAUUGUUGUUAGCUAUACCUGUAGCAGUUAUCUUAUCGGUCAGCCUAUUCUUGAUAGUUGCAGUAUUCACCAAUAAUUUUGUCCAAUACAAGGAAAUUACCUACAAAAAUGUUAAUAAACCAUGGAAUACGAAGAUGCUUGAUCUGUUCAUAGGGAAUAGUACACAAGGCAAGUGGUUCUACAAGGAAGGCAUGCCUUCAUCAUUCCUCCCAGGAUUUGGGUUGUUGUUCGAGGAUAGGAAGGGUCCUCCAAUUUUAGUUUCAGUUGAUCAUAAUGACUCCAACAACGUACGCAAGUGGACCUACAGUAGUGAAAGUGGGAUUGGAAGAAUGAAGGUUGUGAACAUAGUCAAAGACAGUGAAGCAGCUAAAAUUUCCAUAUCUACGAAACUCCUUGGUUGUUCGAGAUCAGCCUAUGUAAUUCUAGACCUUCUACGAAGAGUCACUUUGGGAUUCAUCUCUGGAGCUUAUUCAUCACCUAGAUCAAGCCAAAGUAUUGUAGCCUUUUCUCUGACAGUAGUGCAGCUCUUGUGUCUGUUUGGUCUCAAACCGUAUAUUAGACGAGGGGUCCAUGUCGCAGAGAGCGUAUCCCUCUUAUGUGAAGCAUCCAGCUUCGGAUUAUUUAUCUUCUUGGGACACAAGAGUUUCUUUGAAGACAGGACUUCGGGUAUUGGAAUGCUUACUCUCUUAUUCACAAGCUUUUUAGCUCAACUUGUCAACGAGUGGUAUGCUCUAAUAAAAUGCCUUGUGGAGCUCCCUCAACUUGGAAAUGUAUCAUUCAAUCUAGGAAUAAAAUGUGUCGCCAAGGGUCUCAUCCUGCCUUUCCUCCCACGGAAGCAUUGGCCAAGAUUUCUGCAUGGGUCGUCUCAGCCGGAAACCGGCUUAGUUCCAGUCAUCCCACUUGGCUCAGAGACAAGGGACAUUGGAGCAAGACAUAUUGAUCACCCUUUAAGUGCCAUGAGUGCAACUAUUGUUCCUGUUCUGGGUCCUGGUUCGUCAAGCGUCACCAAAAUCCAAGCACAAGGGUCCAUGUUCUCAAAGACGCAAUUAGUGAAGAAGGAAGUGGAAGAACAACGACGCAAAGGAAUUGUUUUGGAGACUGACAAUGAAGCAAGGAAGCUGAGACAAUUGGCAAAGGUUAGUUUUCCUGGUUUUCCCGUCGUCGAGCAGGGUAGUUGCAGCUAUUCCCAAGAGGGCGAUUAUUCUCUGACUCAAACAACACACUGUAGUACAUAA